UCUCGCUACGUCCGGGGACAUGACGCCGUCGUCCUUCGCGCUGUCGUUCGGGGGAAAUCCUCUCCAUUGUAAUUGUGAGUUGCUCUGGCUGAGGAGGCUGAAGCGAGAGGAUGACCUGGAGACGUGUGCCACACCUGAGCACCUGGCUGGUCGCUACUUCUGGUCCAUCUCUGAGGAGGAGUUCCUCUGUGAGCCCCCCCUCAUCACCAGAUUCUCCCAUGAGAUGAGGGUCCUGGAGGGACAGAGAGUUGCUCUCAGGUGUAAGGCCAGAGGGGAUCCAGAACCGGCCAUUCACUGGAUUUCUCCUGAAGGCAAAUUGGUGUCUAACUCCUCCAGAACCCUGGUCUACAACAAUGGGACUCUGGACAUCCUAAUCAGCACUGUGAAAGACACAGGCUCCUUCACCUGCAUCUCGUCCAACCCUGCCGGGGAAGCCCACCAAACCGUGGAGCUGGUCAUCAUCAAACUGCCUCACAUCUCCAACAACACCAACAACAUCCAAGAACCAGACCCCGGUUCGUCUGACAUUUCCACGUCCACGCGGGGCGGCGCCAACGGCAGCAACGUGACGGGUGACGUGAAGGGCGGAGCCGACAAGCGGGUGGUGACGGCGGAGGCCACGUCCUCCACCGCUCUGAUCAAGUUCAACUUUCAGCGGAACAUCCCCGGCAUCAGGAUGUUCCAGAUCCAGUACAACGGCAGCCAGGACGACUCGCUGGUUUACAGGAUGAUUCCUCCAUCAAGCAAGAACUUCCUGGUCAACAACCUGGCAGCGGGGACGGCGUACGACCUCUGCGUCUUGGCGAUCUAUGAUGAUGUCAUCACCUCCCUGACGGCCACGCGAGUGGUGGGAUGUGUGCAGUUCACCACCGAGUCGGAGUACAUGAAAUGUUACUUUAUGCAGUCCCAGUUCCUGGGCGGGACGAUGAUCAUCAUCAUCGGAGGGAUAAUAGUGGCCUCGGUGCUCGUCUUCAUCAUAAUCCUGAUGAUUCGCUACAAGGUUUGUAACCCAGGUGAGGGAGGUAAAGGUGUUUCUUUGUCGAUGACCAACGUCCACUCGCAGACCAACGGGCAGCAGGCGCAGGGAUGCGCCGUGACGCCCAGCUCCUCCAAACACGGAUCCGUAGGGCUGGACGAGCUCUCCGCGGAUUCUAAGAAGAGGAGCGGAGCGUCGGGAGGAGGAGGCAGGGAGAAGGAUACCGUCACACAGUCGUCAGAGUGCUCUCUUCCCGACUGCUCUACAGCCACGUCCGCCCUCAGCCAGAGCUGGGGGGCCCACAGCCCGGCGUCCGGGGCUGAAGACCGGGACAAAGCUGGUGAACAAAGAGCUCCAGCUGGCAUCGGGUCACCGACCAACGCCAGCGGCACCCUGAACAAGUCAAAGCGGAAGCCGGCUCCCAGUAAGCCGGGGUCCUCCGUCUCCAACGCACUGGCCUCCUCUCCCCUCCCUCCUCCUUCCACCCCCACCUCUGCCCUGCUCCCCCCUUCCACCCCAUUGGAGAACCUCAACACCAACCGCAACAACUCCACCAGUCUGAACAGAAGCCCAGCCCCCCCCUUUGUUCCCUCCCCCUUCUCCACCCUCCAUCCCGCCCCCAGCCCGGUUCCUUCCAUACGAUUUAGAGAAACUCCGGUUCUGCGGCGGGCUCCUCGCUCCGGCUCCUCCCUGGCAAAGUACCAGACUCUUCCCACAGAGGAGGGAGGCCGGAACAGGCCUAGGAGGAGGAGGUACUCCUUCAGCGAGGAAGCCUCAAAGACUCACUCCCCCCAUCAGAGAGCGGGAGGGGUGACAAAGUUGGGGCGCAUGGCGAGGAACAAACGGAGCCAGUCCAUGAGCGGGAUGCUGCUCUCCAAAGAUGAGGACGGAGACUCGGAGAGAGGACGCUGUGAGUCGGACUGGAUCUUAGAAAGCACCGUCUAAACCCAAACAUGGCAGCACAGAAACUUGGUUUACUCAUCACCCUUUUAAAUGUGAGUGUUUUAAGUGUUUGCAGUGCGUUUGAAUUUAUUUUUACACCCGAAGGCCGAGCCUGUCGGGAGGUUCGUUUUCCGUUUUCAGGCACGCCUAAGGGGAUUCUUUACGUUUUCUGGAUGAAAGUUUGUGCUUUAAUGUAUACG